AUGGCCGCCGCCCCGUCGCCCGCCGAUGUCAUUCACUCCGUGCCACAGUCUCCAGGGGCCAACGCACCAAACUUGCCAUCACCUGAAGUGGCCCGUUCGCGUCGAUUCGUCUUUUCUCCGCGCUCUGAUUUUCCGAAAACGCCACCAGCCUUCCGCCGCCUUCUCCCCACGUCGCCUCAUCGUCGUUCGUCCCACGGAUUUUUUGGAGGUGCAGACCGUCGCCCUGUAAGCGAUAUUGAUGAUGUCCGUGAGAGCGAUGAAUCCUCCAUACCGCCAUUUAUUCCCUCACCUCCAAAGAAAAAGACUUGGCUCGAGCGCACUUGCGGUUGCUUUGGGAAAACGCCAACACCGGAGGAUGAGACGGAAAGGAUAAGUGCAGAGCACGCUCAUUGGUUACGGUCCCUUGAACCGACGUAUGAACCGAAGAGUCCGCUGCUGCCAAGCCUUCCCCCUAACACGAAGGACCGUAUAUGUUUGGUACUAGACUUGGAUGAAACCCUUGUCCACAGUAGCUUCGACCCGUUUCCGAGCGGUUCCGAUUUUUCUGUGCCGCUGGAGAUGCCCGGUGACAAGCACACGGUGUACGUUAAGAAGCGGCCGUUUGUAGAUGAAUUUUUGGCGACAUGCAGCCAGUCGUUUGAGGUGGUAGUUUUUACGGCGUCGCUGGCUUUGUAUGCGAACCCGGUUAUGGAUGUACUUGAUCCAAGCAGGCAUGUUAAGCUUAGAUUGUAUCGCGAACAUUGCGUUCUUGUCGGUGGUUGUUACGUGAAGGAUAUGAGAAAGCUGGGUCGCGAUUUGAAACGGGUUUUCAUCCUGGAUAAUAGUCCGUUGAGCUACGCAUUGCAACCGGAGAACGCUAUACCAAUCAGUUCUUGGUACGAUGAUGAAAACGACAGAGAGUUAGAGAAGACGCUUUCUCGGCUGGAGCAAGCGAAGAAUCUUAAGGACGUGAGACAGAUAUCAAGAUAAGAAAAGGCAUGCGGUUGUAUGAGCAAGCUGAACGGUAUUUUUGGGAAGGGAGCUGUGUUUACAUUGUUUUGUUUGUGUAGUCGAGGAUAUAUUUAUGUUCGAUUUCUCGGUGAUCAAAAUUUUGGGAUUCUCUCGUACGUUACCGGUGUGAUUUGACGCACCAGUCUAGAGGUUGCACAGCCUUUCUCCGUCGGAACAGCCCGACUGCAUCUUGAGCGGAAUGGAAACUACAAACGCCAAAAUGAGUACGGUUGGCCGCUCAUGAUAGUUAGUAUGGUAGAAAUACCAUUUGAGCUUCCCGGUGAGCGAACCCUGAUCCUACGAGUCGUCGCCUCAUGUCCGGGGUAUAGCGUCGAGUUCAAGACGGAGCCGCGGAACGGCAUGACCAAGUAGAAAAGAAGGUCUUAUUCGACAGGGAGGAUGGUCACGACCCGAUAUUUUGCAAGUAAUCGAAGUACUGCGUGCUUUUUAGAUAUAAAUUUAGUCUGUCG